UGUUUUGAAGAGCAAGCUGACUGUUGCCAUUGGUUACUGCCUGGGCCUUUGCGUUCCAUUCUCGCAACCGCGGCUAAGCUCGCGUUGUGCGGAUCCGUCACACCUUCCCCUAGGGUUGUGGCUCCCCAAGAAGCCUUGCAGCUGAGGAGUGUGUGAUGGUGGUAGGCACGGGCAAGCUUCGCCAGGGAACUUUGUAAGCGGAACAGGACCGGAGGAAGAAGGCUUUGGGACAGCGCUCUAACAAGCUUACAAUGGAAAAAUAUGAGAUCCUUGGACUUGUGGGAGAAGGAAGUUAUGGAAUGGUGAUGAAAUGCAGAAACAAGGAGAAUGGCCGAGUUGUUGCCAUCAAAAAAUUUUUGGAAAGUGAAGAUGAUAAAAUGGUUAAAAAAAUUGCCCUGAGAGAAAUAAAAUUUCUCAAGCAAUUAAGGCAUGAGAACUUGGUGAACUUGCUGGAAGUCUGUAAGAAGAAAAAACGAUGGUAUCUGGUGUUUGAAUUUGUAGAUCACACAAUCCUUGAUGAUCUUGAGAUGUUUCCCAAUGGCUUGGAUUAUAACAGAGUUCGAAAAUACUUAUUUCAAAUUAUAAAAGGGGUAGGAUUUUGUCAUAGUCAUAAUAUCAUACACAGGGAUAUUAAACCUGAGAACAUAUUGGUCUCCUGUUCGGGAAUUAUCAAACUCUGUGAUUUUGGAUUUGCUCGAACUCUGGCAGCUCCUGGUGAAGUUUACACAGAUUAUGUGGCAACACGGUGGUAUCGAGCACCUGAGCUAUUAAUAGGUGAUAUCAAAUAUGGCAAGGCUGUUGAUGUUUGGGCCAUUGGCUGCCUGGUAACUGAAAUGCUUACAGGAGACCCCCUUUUCCCUGGAGACUCUGAUAUUGACCAGUUAUACCAUAUUAUGAAAAGUCUAGGUAACUUAAUUCCAAAGCACCAGGAGUUAUUCUACAAAAACCCUCUCUUUGCUGGAGUGAGAUUGCCUGAAAUCAAAGAGUUAGAACCUCUUGAAAAACGAUACUCAAAACUCUCCAUUGCAGUCAUAGAAUUUGCAAAGCAAUGUCUGCAAACUAAUCCAGAAAAGAGGCCGUCUUGUAAUGAACUGCUACAGUGCAACCUCUUUAACAAAGAUGGGUUUGCUGAAAGAUUUGUUCAAGAACUUAAAAUCAAGAUUCAAAAAGAAAAAGAACAUGCUGUACCCAAGAAACCAAAAAUAAAUAAGAAGGACAAAGAUGAUAUAGGCGAUGAAAGAAAAAUGCUUUUAAUCCAGGAUUUAGGUGUGAAUUCAAAGCUCAGAGACUCCAAGCUGUUCAGAAUGAAAGUAUCUAAGGCUGACAUACUGAAAUCUGAAAGGUCAUCACGUAUGAGUUUCCUGUAUGAUAACAGUGCUGGGCAAUUUAAUACAAUUCCAACAUAUAUACAGGAUUCAAACAGUAGCCUAGAAUAUGUGAAGAAUCCAAGCAUGGUAAUUCCUCCCAUUGCACAGAAUUAUUCCACCACACAAUCCAGCAUCGAUGGGACUCCCACAAUAGGGACAACAUUGGCAAGCCAUAAUUACAGAAUUGAUGAGAAAAGCAAAAUAUAUUUCAAUCCUUGUAUCAAGCAAGGCAAACAAUCACCAGCAGGUCACUAUAAUGUGAACUUAUCAGCAUCGAUGUCAAAAGAGAACAAUGCUCUUCAGUCCCUCAAAAAAAAAAGGGAGUUUUCUAAAGCAGAUGUCCAUUUGCCAGAGCUUAAUUACAGCCAUCUUCCUGAACUCAAAGGUGUGGAUGUUUGGAAUUCCAGAUUUCUAAAGAAAGAAAGUAAAAUUGUUCCAGAGUCUUGCAUGCCGUCUCUUGCCACAAUAGAUCUUCAGAAUCCAAACCUGGCUCUGCAUCAGAUAUCUGGAAGCUCCUUGCAAGAUACGUCAGAAGCCACCUUCCCCAAGGAAAAAGAACCAGGCUGGCCAUCCAGUAUAAUUGUCCUCAAUAUCUUGCACCUUGCAGAACCAAGUAAGUAUUGUACUUCAAGGAUCAAUAGAAGAUUUACAACAACUAAAUGCUGGCUGACAGAUAUGUUCAUCUCCAAGAUACAGCAAGAAUUGAGUCAAUCAAACGCAGCUUUGCCCAGGAAUGGAUGAAUGUUGGGUUACUUGAACCAAAGCCAUUUGCAAAGAUAACUGCAUGAGUAAUCCAUGAAUUAAUCUGUUUCUUCUGCAGUUUGUUUCCAAUACAAAUGCAGGGGGUAUAUUAAGCAGCAGGUUCAAGAUUGUUGCAGUCUGAAUAAUUAUAAACUUCAGGAGCAGAAGCUUCACUCAGCACCUCUUUGAUGUGGGUUUUGUUGCUGAAUAAGAUUUUGGAAGGAAUAGAGCUCUGUUAUUCAGGCAGUAGUUAACAUUUUUCCCCAAUCAUAAGUUGUAACUUUUACCUGAUAGUGGUAUUGAGUUACUUAUCUAGCACACUUUGAAAACAAAAUUCAAAUUGUUGGGUCUCUGGAACAAGUAUUCCUAUUUUUUAAAAUAUUUAGAAAUACAAAUAUUCUGUCAAACAUUUAUGAUAUAGUUACCAUUACCAAGUCUUGGUGGGAUGAAACUCAUGCCUGGAAUGUACUUUUGGAAGGAUAUAAACUGUUCAAAAGAGGAGGUGGA